GUUCAGAUCCAGACCACAAUGCAAAUUCAGGACAAGCUUCACUGUAAUAUUUAAGCCGAAUUUUCUGCUCAACUCCUCCAAUAACUGUCCGUUUAUCUUCAUGUAAAUUUGUCGAUCAUGGUCAAAAGUGUGUUGCCCGUAUGUUUCUUUAUACUGCUUUUGAAUGGAGCAUCUGUGCAGGACACAGUUCAGGGUUUCAUCGGAGAUUCUGCACUUUUGCCGUGCCAUCCCGAGAACGGGCAGCUUAAAGUCAUCACUGCACACUGGAGAUAUGACGACCACAAAAAUGUUUACGACAUAUUAGAUGGCCAAGGGAAGACGAAGGAGCAGGACGCAGAAUACAACGGCAGAACAGAAACAUUCCCUGCAGAGUACUCGAAAGGCAACUUCUCCCUCAGGCUUGGGAAUCUCCGGAAAAGUGAUGAAGGGUCGUACUGCUGCUUCAUGCCUGAGUCGAAUGAAAGCAAAUGCAUAAAUCUUCAAGUCACAGAGAAACCAAGAGAAAUCCAAGAGAAACAAAACUCAAACGGUGGAGUUGAAACCACAGCCGGGAGGAUUGUAUCUCUGUUAAUUUCUCUCUUCUCUGCUGCUGUUCUGCUCUGUGUGUGAGUUCAUAACUGUGAGCCUUGACGUGAGCGAUAUUACUAUAUUCAACUUAUAUAGUAUAACUUUGGUCAGAUUAUAUCCACUAAACUGUUUGCACUAGCUUUAAGCAUUUUAUUUAUUUAUUUAUUUAAAAUAAUUGUAUUAUUUACAUUUGUUUUAAUUUAUUUGACACUUUGAUUUGAUUUAAUUGUGUCUGUUGAAUUUUACUUGUUCAAGCACUGGUCUGUUAUGUUUACUCUGUUGUGUAAAAGUGUUCUGUAGCUCAAGUGGUAGAUCAUUGCGUUAUCAAGCGCAAGAGGGGUUCGAUUCCCCGGGAACACAUGAUAGGUAAAAACUGAUAGCCUGAAUGCACUGUAAGUCGCUUUGGAUAAAAGUGUCUGCUAAAUGCAUAAAUGUAAUUUAAUUGUAUUAAAAUUUUAAUUUAUGCAGCCUAAAUAGUGUGAAUACAUUUGGUUUGUUUGAAGAAAAUUCCAUUACUUUUGUCUACCAAGCAAGUCCAAAAAAAAAAAAAAAA